AAUUAAAUACAAAAUUAUUAUUAUUAUUAUGAGCUGAAGCAUCUAAUUAAGAACAUCGAAGUAACACACACAGGAGUCAACACCAAUCUCUCUCUCUCUCCCUCUAAAGCUCUCUCUCUCUCUUUCUCUGUGUUCCCCAGUUUGGAUUCUAUGCUUGUUUUGAUGAAUUAAGCUUCAAAAAUCUUCUAUAAAAAGCGAAAAUUCUCUUGAAAUUUUUUAAUGGGUGUCUCCAAUUUUUCGCUUCUGAGCAUAAAAGGAGUCUCCUUUACACUUCUCUUAGCUCAAAUUUUGGUUCUUAAUCUCUCCGUGUUGCCCAAUUUCGGUUCUAUGCUUGUUUUGAUGAAUUGAAACCUACUAAAUCUUCUAUAAACAGCGAAUUCUCUUGAAAUUUUCAAAUGGGUGUCUCCAAUUUUCGCUUCUGAGCACAAAAGGAGUCUCCUUUACACUUCUUUUGCCUCAAUUUCAGGCUCUUAAGCUCCCUCUCUGUUGCCGCAUAUGGGUUCUGUGCUUGUUUCGAUGAAUUGAAUCCCAAAAAUCUUCCUCAAACAGCGAAGUUCUCCAGAAAUUUUCAAAUGGGUGGCUCCAAUUGCAGCUUCUGAGCAAAAAAGGAGUCGCUUUUACACAUCUUAGCUCAGUUUCUGGUUCUGGGAAUCACUAGAUAUGGGUAACAGGGGAGAUCCGUCGAAGCUCCUCUUCAUGCGCACAUGGCGUUUGGUUUUAUGCCUCCUCUUCUUCUACACUGCGCCCACCAAUUCCCAGGGCCAGGAGAGCUUCUGCAGCUCCUCUGAUUUGGAUGCUUUAAGGGGCUUCUCGGAAGGCCUUAAUUCUAACAUCAAAGAUUGGGGCCUCAAUUCGUCGGCGGCGGCGACGGUGGAUUGCUGCACCUGGACUGGUGUCUCCUGCGACGAUUCCUUGACGGGGUUUUCCGGCGGGCGGCGAGUGAUUGGAUUGGAUCUCCAAUCCAUGAAGCUCAAAGGGUCGAUUUCCGAUUCAUUGGCCGGAUUGGAUCAUCUGAAAUGGCUCAAUCUUUCCUUCAACUAUCUCCGUGGCACCGUUCCAAUCCAACUGUUUCACCUUCCCCAGUUGGAGCGCCUUGAUCUGAGCAGUAAUGAGCUCUCCGGCCCGACACCGAUGAACAUAUCGCUUCCGUCGAUUCGCGCUUUCAAUAUAUCUUAUAAUUUGUUCAACGGAACCCACCCCGUCCUUACCGGAUCUACCGGUCUUCUCGUGUUUGAUGUUAGCUUCAAUUUGUUCGUCGGUCAGAUCGAUACGAGCAUCUGCAAUUCGCCUACCAAGAUUCAAGUCCUCCGGUUCUCGAUGAAUAUGUUCUCGGGCGAUUUCCCGGUUGGUUUUGGCAAUUGCGGUUCUCUUGAGGAGCUCGCCGUCGAUUUGAAUGGGAUUUCCGGGAACUUACCUGAUGAUUUGUUCAAGUUGUCAUCUUUGAAGCUGUUAUAUCUCCAGGAGAACCAGCUAUCAGGGAGGAUGAGCACAAGAUUCAGUAAUCUCUCUAACCUUUCGCAAUUGGAUAUUUCCUUUAAUUCGUUCUCGGGCAACAUCCCGAACAUUUUCGGUAGUCUUAAAAAGCUCGAAUACUUUUCCGCUCAAUCUAACAGUUUCAGGGGCUCUUUGCCCUCUUCCUUAUCGAAUUUGGCCUCGCUUAGAGUGCUUUACCUGAGGAACAAUUCGCUGAGCGGCGAGAUCAGUCUCAAUUGCUCGGCGAUGACUCAUUUGAGCUCACUCGAUCUCGGCACGAACUUUUUCACGGGUCCGAUUGAUAAUCUCUCUAAUUGUCUAGAGUUGAGGAGCUUAAAUCUCGCCAGGAACAAUCUUCGCGGUGAAAUCCCUCCAAGUUUCAAGAACCUCGAUUCGCUGUCCUACAUCUCCCUUUCGAAUAACAGCUUCUCUAACUUAUCUUUGGCUUUGCGAGUUUUACAAGACUGCCCUAGCCUUACUAGUCUUGUCCUCACAAGGAAUUUUCUUGAUGGCGAUCAGACUGCGCCGAUGAUUGGGAUUCACGGAUUUCGAAACAUAGAGGUUCUUGUCAUCGCAAAUUGUCAUCUUUCGGGCUCGAUACCGCAAUGGUUGAUUAAUUGUACGAAAUUGAAAGUUCUUGAUUUAUCUUGGAACCAAUUGGACGGGGCCAUUCCUUCGUGGAUUGGAAGCUUCGAGCGCCUCUUUUAUUUCGAUCUAUCUAAUAACUCGUUGACCGGAGAGAUCCCGAUAAGCUUUUCGACGAUGAAGGGCCUUGUUACUCGCAAUACCACUCAACCACCGAGUGAAAACGAGGAUUUCCCUUUCUUCAUCAAACGGAAUAAUAGCGGGAGAGGUUUUGGGAAUCUCAAGAAUCUCCAUGUUUUAGACCUAAGCUGGAACAGGUUUUCGGGGAUUAUACCGGAGGAAUUGUCGGGCAUGUCGGGCUUAGAGACUUUGGAUUUGUCGCACAAUAUUCUUAGCGGAAGCAUACCUUCCUCGUUGACGAAGCUCAACUUCCUUUCAAGUUUCAGUGUGGCGUAUAAUAAUUUAUCCGGGCCAAUUCCAACAGGAGGCCAGUUCUCAACCUUCUCGUACUCCGACUUCGAGGGAAACGCUCGUCUAUGUGACUUCCACUUCGCUUCAUGUCCCUCCAGGGUUUCCGUACAAACCGUAGCCCAAAGGACAAAGAACAAAGGCGCCGUUAUAGGUAUCUCUCUCAGCAUUGGACUCGGAACAGCUUUUAUUCUUGUUUUUAUCUACUUAUUUGUCGCGAGGGCUAAUGCGAGAAGGCAGGAACAUGCUACAAAAUCUGUUUCUGAUUCCAACGGAAACUUCGAAUUGGCCCCUUCCACAUUGGUGUUUCUGUUUCAGAAUACCGAGAACAAAGAGCUAACCAUCAAUGACAUAUUGAAAGCCACGAAUAACUUCGACCAAGCAAAUAUUAUUGGGUGCGGGGGCUUCGGCUUAGUUUAUAAAGCAAUUCUACCAGAUGGGGCAAAACUCGCAAUUAAGCGGCUUUCUGGCGACUAUGGGCAAAUGGAGAGAGAAUUCAAAGCCGAGGUAGAGACCCUCUCGAGAGCUCAGCACACUAAUCUUGUUCUUCUUCAAGGAUAUUGUAGAAUCGCGAGCGAUCGGCUCUUGAUCUAUACGUUCAUGGAGAAUGGUAGCUUGGACUAUUGGCUUCACGAAAAGCCCGACGGCAGAACUACACUGAAUUGGGAAAGAAGACUCAACAUCGCGCAAGGAGCGGCAAAGGGAUUGGCGUACUUGCACCUAUCGUGUCAGCCGCAUAUAUUACACCGUGAUAUUAAGUCGAGCAAUAUACUUCUCAAUGAGAACUUUGAGGCUCAUUUGGCUGAUUUUGGGCUCGCUAGGCUUAUUCUGCCUUAUGAUACGCACGUGACUACCGACUUGGUGGGGACUUUGGGGUACAUUCCUCCCGAGUACGGCCACUCGUCGGUCGCCACUUUUAGAGGCGACGUGUAUAGUUUUGGUGUUGUUCUCUUGGAGCUGCUUACGGGGAAGAGGCCGGUGGAUAUGUGUAAACCUAAAGGAGGAAGGGAGUUAAUAUCGUGGGUUCUUCAGAUGAAGAAAGAGAAUCGUGUGGCCGAGGUGUUUGAUCCUUUGAUAUAUGAAAAGAAGCAUACUAACCAGCUUAUGCAGAUGCUUGAGAUUGCUUGUAUUUGCUUGAGCGACAACCCUAAGAUGAGGCCAUUAACCCAUCAACUAGUUACAUGGCUCGAUAACAUUAGUCUUGGUAGCAAAAAGCCAUCAUAAAACGAGGAACAAAUAAGUUACAAUUCGGUGAUGCUGAAGAUAUUUGGCGGUUUACCUUACUGUUAACUCUGUUUUCUUCAAUGUGCAGAUGCCAGGUGUAUAUAAUAAUCCUUUCGUCGUCAAUUCGUUCUAUACAUAACGACGCAACUAUAUGAGAGGAUGCACCGCACACAUGUUAAUCUGUAAGUUAUGUUUGCUGAAUAAAAGAGUUAAUUUUAUCCGCUGUAUAGAAGAUCCGGAUAGUUCUUUUCGUUCUGCUUUCGUAGCAGAACUUUGAAUUUGAUGUAAGAACAGAACAUGCAUAUACAGCUACAGAAAUUGAGAUACUGCUCAUCAACAAUUUCGCUGAUAUUUUUGUAAGUUUGAUGUAAAAAUGUACAAACAUUAAACAUUUAUAGAUCUGGAGUUAACUGUA